UGCAAGCAUGAGCUCGGGCCUGUACGAGCGGCAGAUGAAGUGGAAGCGCCAUGGCGAGAAGAAGCUAGCGCUGGAAGCUCGGCGCCUCGACGACGACCGCCAUGGCCCGUGCACGUUCACGCCCAAGACGAACCGCGAGUCGCGUGCGCGAAUACCAGACGCGAGCAAGCUCACGCACCGCGCCGAAGUCCACGCGAUGCAGACGCAUGUCGCGCGGCAGCACAAGGCGCGCCAAGUGCAGGACGAAGCGUCCAAGCGCGCGUACUUUCUCUCGACCAACAAGAACUUUGAGCUCACGACGACGUGCAAGCCAUUUCCGCUGAGCAAAACGAACCGCGUCUCCCGCAGCCCGACGCGGCAGCGCGCGCAGUCUCUCUCGCCGCGCAAGUCCGAGUCGAUGCACCACCACGGCGGGCGCAAGCAGUCGGCGCCCGACACGCCGACCCACCGCGAUUCGCCGCGGGCGUCGUCGUUUGUGCAUAUGUCGUCCAACAACGACCUCGACCGACAAGUGCAACGGGUCCUCGACCACCGCGGCGCGCUCGACGACAAGGCCUGGGACAAAGAGCGCAGCGUGCUCCUGAGCAUCAUUGACGCCCAGCGCCACGAGCUCAAGCUGCGCGAGAAGGUUCACAGCGACGCGGCCAAGAUCGCCGACAAAUUCGCCACGUCCGUUUUGGCGUUUGAAGAGCGGCUUGUUGCGAUCGAGACCAAACACCGUGCCGAGCUGAGCGAGAUGCGCCGGACCAUGGAGCGGUCGCAGGCGUCGCUGCAGCAAAUUCUGCAUGCGCUCGGUGUGCCAUCAUCGAGCGAUGACAAGCCACCGACGUCCAAAUCGAUGAGCAAGCUCGAGAAAGCAUCCACGUAACAUGAACAAGUAGAGCACAUGCAUGACGA